AUGAAAAGCCGGCUGCUCGUCUUACUGGCGAGCUUCUCCACAGCGUACGCCGAAACGCUGAAUGCCACUGCGGCCGUUGAGCUUGAUGAAUCGGCGAAAAAGCGGAGGUUUUGGCUUGGGUCGUUGCACGGAAUGUUGAUGGUGGUUGCGUGGAUAUUUCUGGCGCCAACGGCAAGUAUGGCGGCUAGAUAUCUACGAAGCAACACCUCCCGUGACAAUAUUGUCAAGAUUCCCAACUGGUUCUUGCUACACCGGAAUAUGAACUACGCUGCCGUGAUCCUGUCCGUUGUCUCAAUUAUCGUCAUCUUGUUCUCUCAGGGCUGGAGGUGGACAGGACCAUGGCCGGGGAUGGCGAAGGAUCCAUGGGGACCCGGAAGUCUUCAUAGUUUGUCAAUUCGCCGCCUAACCAUCACCCCGAUGCGCAUCGAUUCUGACGAUUCUGUCGAGCUGGACGACGACAAGAAGGGAUAUAACGUUUCUGAGUACGAGAUGGAGCGCAGAAAGCUCCUCCGCCGUGCCUCCAUCGUGUUCACCACCUUUGCCGGCGUCAGCGGCGUGGUGGCGGUGAUGAUCCUCGGGAAUAUGAUCCUCAAAUUA